AUGGACCCCGGAAUAAAAAUUGAUGAGUCAAUGUGUCCCACGACCCCGGAAGAAAUAGAGGAAAUGAAAAACGUCCCGUUCAGAGGCUGUUGGAUCAUUACUGUAAGACCAGACAUAGCGUUUGCUGUCAACUUGGUGAGUCAAUUCUCAGCGAAUCCUGGAAAACGACAUUGGGAGGCAGUUAAGCGUAUUAUGCGUUAUCUACGUGGCACAUGUUGUGCAAGGCUGUCGUACACGAGGGAUAACGAUUCACAGCUGACAGGGUAUACAGAUGCGGAUUGGGGAGGAGAUGCUGAUACGCGGAAGUCAACCACUGGGUACCUAUUCAAGAAGAUGGGAGAAGCCUUUUCGUGGAGGGUGAAACGGCAGUCCUGCGGGGCUCUAUCAUCCUGUGAAGCGGAAUUCAUCGCGCUGUCCCGAACCACUCAAAAGGCGCUUUGGUGGAAGCAACUGCUUCAACAAAUCAAUGAUGAGCAGUUCAUACCAAACUAUUGUGAUAAUCAAUCCGCAAAGUAG